UUGACGUUAACUGUGGAAAGGGGGAAGGGAAACUGAGAUUGGAGGGAGAGAAACUGAGAUAUCCAUGACAACCAGUUUGACAUACCAUGUCAUGAGUGCCCCCUAUUGGUUGGAUCUUGUCAAGGAGAAGGCACACUUCACCAAGACUCACCCCACCUUAGUUUGAGCCAUUGUUAUAUUGUGGAUGUGAGGUGCCAACAUUGCGUGUCAAAGCAAUGAAGCAGCUGGGAAAGAGAGAGGCCACCCUAGAUCAGCAGUGUCCAUGCCCAGCUCUACAGCCCCUCUAAUGGGGCAGGAUGCAAAACAAAAUGUAUUCAAUGAGAUCUACCUGUUGACUACUCUGGACCGAGAGAGCGAGAGGAAGGAAGGGGACGUUUGACAAGUAGUAUUUGUGGAAAGGGACACAGCAGACAUGGGGGUCUUCCCAAUACCUCUUCUGACUGCCUCAUUCUGGGGGAAAAGGCUUUAAAGGGUAGAACAGGGAUUACACAGUCACACACAGACACACACACUCAUGCCAUGGAAGGGGACAGUGGUGUCACAGCACACACAGAGGGUCUGAAUGGUGUGUUCCAUCAUGAAUGUAAAGAGACAGAGGAGCUAACCAAUGGCCACUCCAACCACAAACCUGUGAUGAAUGGACUGAUGCCAGGUCAUAGUGUGAAAGAGCACGGCAACGGUAGUUCAGUGCUCAAAUCUCUGCCAAUUUCAGCUCUGAAGCAGAAUGGCCUUCUGCAGUCCCUGGCAGCAGGAGGAAAGCAACCCAAGACAGAAAGGGAGAGUGCGGAUGUGGAGCAGGCUAGAGAGGAGUGGGAGGCUCUAGAGAGUAUCCAACCAGUGGUCAGUGAGGAGUCCAGUCCCACCCCUCUCAUCUCCUUUAACGAGGCGCUGCAGCACUUCCAGACUACAGACCUUGGAGAGCUGCUGAAGAAGAUCCACCCCACCAUUCGCAGGACGGGUCUGGCCACUUUCACACACUUCCUGUUUGGCCCGCCGCGACUUCACCGGGAACUACUGGAGGAGAGGGACCUGGUCUUUGCCAUCGCACAGUGUUCUCUGGAUAACAGUCAGGCUGUACACCUGCGUGUUCUACAGACCAUCUAUAAGAGGCUGACAGGCAGUAAGCUGGACUGUCCUCGGUUCGGGACACACUGGGAGAAUGUGGGCUUUCAGGGUACGGACCCAGCCACAGACCUGCGUGGUACAGGUUUCCUGGGGCUGAUGCAUGCCUUGUACCUGGUAAUGGACCCUGAGACGCUGCCUUUAGCCAGAGACAUCUUCAAGCUGUCCCAGCACCCCACACAGAACUUUCCUUUCUGUGUGAUGUCCAUCAAUAUGACCUGUAUCGCCCUGCAUGCACUCAGAGAAGAGGCCCUCUCCAAGGAGUGUAACCGUCGACAGCAGGUAGUGGGGGUGUUAAAUGAGUUCUACGUUGCCACGUUCCUGCACCUCUACCAGCUGUGGAAGAGCCAGCAGAAGACCAUCUCUGACUCCGGCUUCGUCCUGAAAGAAGUGGAGCUGUUUGCCAAAAAGAACCCCAAGCAGAUGCUGCGUCGACUGGACGUCUUCUUGAGGGAGAGGAGGUACCCGGACCCCACGGCCCAGCGACCCUCACCCUGCCUGGGGAGGAGAGGGGCCAGGUCUGAGGGAACCAGGGGCAAGGAGAUGCACUUCACUGGUGUGUGUGAGCUACCACUAAACAUGGAGGGAGAGGCCAGGCUCAUCUGACACACAGAGAGUCUGUGUGUACGGCUAGACUAGUCUGAGCUAGAGAGAGAGUGUGUUUGUGUCAGUUGUGUGUGUAGGGACCCCACCAAGCUUUGACCCACUCCCUGCGGUCCUUUCCCAUUGAUGCUGUAAAACUGCUGUCAGAACAGUUUGUAUGGAGUCACUGACUCCUCUCCCAACAGAAGUACUUGUCGGUGUGGCAUGGGACUGAUGGAUGAAUAGAAGAUGUCAUUAAAUAGAGAGAGAGAGAAUGAAAGGUUAGCGUUUCAAGGACUGGUGUGGGUGCAGGCUUUGCUCCAGACAAGCAGUAGCACACCUGAUUCUACUAAUCAUCCAAUCAUAGUUGGUUUAUUGAGGCCAAAUCAGAAGCUGCCAAACCCCAGGGCUUCUAUGUGUCUGCAGCCCUAGUAGAGUUUUGGAAGGGUGUAGGGUCAUUGACUGUCUUCUACUGUCAGCAGAACUGUGUGUGCGUGCACUAGGUAUGGAGAUUACGGUGUGUGUUGGCUAUAGGGAGUUGGAACAGUGAGGCCUGUGUUUCUGUAUGUUGUCAGGUCGAUAUGUGUGUGUCUGGGUUCGGAUGGUUCUUGUCCCAGUGCAGGUUAAAUAGGCGUGUGUGUGUGUGUGUCUGUCUGUCUGGGCUCGGAUGGUUCCUGUCUGUCCCAGUGCAGGUUAAAUAGGCUGAUGUGUGUGUGUCUGGGCUCGGAUGGUUCCUGUCUCAGUCCCAGUGCAUGUUAAAUGGGCUGAUGUGUGUGUGUCUGGGCUCGGAUGGUUCCUGUCUCAGUCCCAGUGCAGGUUAAAUGGGCUGAUGUGUGUGUGUCUGGGCUUGGAUGGUUCCUGUCUCAGUCCCAGUGCAGGUUAAAUGGGCUGAUGUGUGUGUGUCUGGGUUCAGAUGGUUCCUGUCUGUCUCAGUGCAGGUUAAAUAGGCUGAUGUGUGUGUGUCUGGGCUCGGAUGGUUCCUGUCUGUCCCAGUGCAGGUUAAAUAGGCUGAUGUGUGUGUGACUGGGCUCGGAUGGUUCCUGUCUGUCCCAGUGCAGGUUAAAUAGGCUGAUGUGUGUGUGUCUGGGUUCGGAUGGUUCCUGUCUGUCCCAGUGCAGGUUAAAUAGGCUGAUGUGUGUGUGUCUGGGCUCGGAUGGUUCCUGUCUGUCCCAGUGCAGGUUAAAUAGGCUGAUGUGUGUGUGUGUGUGUGUGUGUCUGGGCUCGGAUGGUUCCUGUCUGUCCCAGUGCAGGUUAAAUAGGCUGAUGUGUGUGUGUCUGGGCUCGGAUGGUUCCUGUCUCAGUCCCAGUGCAGGUUAAAUAGGCUGAUGUGUGUGUGUCUGGGCUCGGAUGGUUCCUUUCUCAGUCCCAGUGCAGGUUAAAUAGGCUGAUGUGUGUGUGUCUGGGCUCGGAUGGUUCCUGUCUGUCCCAGUGCAGGUUAAAUAGGCCCAGAGCCCCUAGUUGUUUGGGGGAUAUAUUUUUUAAUAAUUGAAAAACUAUUUUAGUCCUUUCCUAAAGGAUAGAUGCCAUAACAAUACAUGAAAUGAUACUGUAUAUGAAAAUGAUAUAUUAUAUUAUGGAUAUAGCACUUGAUGAUAGUGGCAGAAUGAGAGGGACCUCUUCUGCUAAGAAACUCAGGAAGACGAUGAUUCCCUGUUCCCUGUAUAGAGUUCUACUGUUGACCAUCUUCCCUGUAGUGAAUAGGGGUUUUACGUAGUGAAUAGGGGUUUUACGUAGUGAAUAGGGUUUUACGUAGUGAAUAGGGUUUCACGUAGUGAAUAGGGUUUCACGUAGUGAAUAGGGGUUUCAUGUAGUGAAUAGGGUUUUACGUAGUGAAUAGGGUUUUACGUAGUGAAUAGGGUUUCACGUAGUGAAUAGGGUUUUACGUAGUGAAUAGGGUUUUACGUAGUGAAUAGGGUUUUACGUAGUGAAUAGGGGUUUCACGUAGUGAAUAGGGUUUUACGUAGUGAAUAGGGUUUUACGUAGUGAAUAGGGGUUUCACGUAGUGAAUAGGGGUUUCACGUAGUGAAUAGGGUUUUACGUAGUGAAUAGGGUUUUACGUAGUGAAUAGGGUUUUACGUAGUGAAUAGGGUUUUACGUAGUGAAUAGGGUUUUAACGUAGUGAAUAGGGGUUUCACGUAGUGAAUAGGGGUUUCACGUAGUGAAUAGGGGUUUCACGUAGUGAAUAGGGGUUUCACGUAGUGAAUAGGGGUUUCACGUAGUGAAUAGGGGUUUCACGUAGUGAAUAGGGUUUUACGUAGUGAAUAGGGUUUCACGUAGUGAAUAGGGUUUUACGUAGUGAAUAGGGUUUCACGUAGUGAAUAGGGUUUUACGUAGUGAAUAGGGUUUCACGUAGUGAAUAGGGUUUUACGUAGUCAAUAGGGUUUUACGUAGUCGAUAGGGUUUUACGUAGUGAAUAGGGGUUUCACGUAGUGAAUAGGGGUUUUACGUAGUGAAUAGGGGUUUUACGUAGUGAAUAGGGUUUUACGUAGUGAAUAGGGUUUUACGUAGUGAAUAGGGUUUUACGCAGUGAAUAGGGUUUUACGCAGUGAAUAGGGUUUUACGUAGUGAAUAGGGUUUUACGUAGUGAAUAGGGUUUUACGUAGUGAAUAGGGGUUUUACGUAGUGAAUAGGGGUUUCACGUAGUCAAUAGGGUUUUACGUAGUGGAUAGGGGUUUCACGUAGUCAAUAGGGUUUUACGUAGUGAAUAGGGUUUCAUUUGAGAUGAGCAUUUAGACUGGUCAGUCAAGCCAACAGCUAUUGGCUGGUUUAGUCUGACCAGUGAUAGAAGUCGUCUGGGAGGUUUCUACAUGCAUUCCGUUACAGAGCAUCCAACUGGAGUUGAUUGACCAGUGCCAGAGUAAUGUCAGUCGUGUGUGUUAUCUGACACGAUCGAUAGUGCACACAAAUUACACAUGUGCCUAACUAAAGGUUAGUGUCCAGAGAUGAUCUUUUUCUAAAUUCUGAAUUGAUAGUGAUGAGAACAGUGAAAGGUGUGUCUCUAUGAAGGUGCAAAGUAAGCAAUCCCAACUCUGUCAGAGAUCACAAUAAUACUGGUGUGUGUGUGUGAUGGUGUGAUGGUACAGUAUGACAGGGGAGCGUACCUCUGCAGUCACAAUCAGUAGCAUGUUCAGGUAGCACCGGUACUGUAGCUUCCUUGUUGUUUUACCUUCCUUGUAAAGCUUGUUUCUCUUGGUCAUGUGGUCUGAUUUACAGUCUUUAGCAUCGGUGCUGUUACUACAGUACAUUCACAACAUCCCCUCUACAACAGACAUGUAGUUAGUAGAGCUACUCAGUGGAUCCAUGUUUUGUGAGGUACUUGUAGAUCUUCAGUAGCCGGUUCUUAAAUAUGAUCUUUGUCUUCUGGGAUGAAAGCAGAACAAGCAGGAGGGUCCUCUAAGAGCAGAUCAUCAGGUUGGAUGUAUCACUGGGUCAGGGGUUAAAGUGUACACAUCUAGAAACAUGAUAUAAACAUCUAUAGGUGUGGACAUGAUCAGCUACAAUAUGUAGCCUAUCUUGUCUUAUUGGAUUAUUUACAAGCACAUCACUAAUCCACAUAUACCCCCCAUUUUCAAAAAAGGAAUACGUGCUGUUUUUUUUGCCAAGUGUAAGUGUUUUUGUUAGUCAGCUAAAUGUGCACUCUUCUAGAAUGCUGGAGGUGUGUACAGUGUGAGUGUUGCUAGGUGACUAUUAGGCUUUGUCUGUGUUGUAUUUUUAACCGACCUCGAAAGAACAGAGCCUCUAUCUCUGCAGCUAUAAUCUCAUCAUAGCCCUUGUUAAUCUGAAACAUUUACUAAAGUCAUGUAAUUUAACUGAACCUGUAUUUCAGAAUGGGAAGAUACACAAAGUUAUAAAAUUUUAGCAGAAGUGCUUGUUCCAGUUUAGUGUGUGAAUCAUGAAGUACAAAAGGUGAUUGUUACUGUGUGAUUGUUAGUAGGGUAUUCUAUUGAAAUCAGUCAGAUUUAUUUAUAAAUAAAGCAAUUUUUACAUCAGCAGAUGUCACAAAGUGCUAUACAGAAACCCAGCCUAAAACCCCAAAUGGCAAGUAAUGCAGAUGUAGAAGCACGGUGGCUAGGAAAAACUCCCUAGAAAGGCAGGAACCUAGGAAGAACCCUAAAGUGGAACCAGGCUCUGAGGGGUGGCCAGUCCUCUCCUGGCUGUGCUGGGUAGAGAGGAACCAGGCUCUGAGGGGUGGCCAGUCCUCUCCUGGCUGUGCUGUGUAGAGAGGAACCAGGCUCUGAGGGGUGGCCAGUCCUCUCCUGGCUGUGCUGGGUAGAGAGGAACCAGGCUCUGAGGGGUGGCCAGUCCUCUCCUGGCUGUGCUGGGUAGAGAGGAACCAGGCUCUGAGGGGUGGCCAGUCCUCUCCUGGCUGUGCUGGGUAGAGAGGAACCAGGCUCUGAGGGGUGGCCAGUCCUCUCCUGGCUGUGCUGUGUAGAGAGGAACCAGGCUCUGAGGGGUGGCCAGUCCUCUUCUGGCUGUGCUGGGUAGAGAGGAACCAGGCUCUGAGGGGUGGCCAGUCCUCUUUUGGCUGUGCUAGGUGGAGAGGAACCAGGCUCUGAGGGGUGGCCAGUCCUCUUCUGGCUGUGCUGGGUAGAGAGGAACCAGGCUCUGAGGGGUGGCCAGUCCUCUUUUGGCUGUGCUAGGUGGAGAGGAUAAGAAAAACAUUGCUUACCUCAAGACUUGAGACAAAUCUUUUCUUUCUCUUCUUUUGGAUGUCUGUUGACAAGGACAAUGGCUUCUCACUUCAUAUAACUGCAGGCCUUAUCUUUUCUCUUUCCGUUGUUGAACACAUACUCCCUGUGUAUUCCACACCUGAAACACUAGUGAACUAAUGCUGAAGCUGGUAGGCUAUGUAUUCUAUGUCAAAUGACACAUGCUUGAUCCACAUGGCUUUAUAUCAGCCUGACUGCAGAUCCACUCCAUGUUGACUAUGUUAAUGAUAAGCAAAUGUUCUUGUGGCUGCGACAGUAUCCACUUUCGCUGUUGUAUUGGUGCUUGUUCCCACCUUUGACCCUGUCAGGAUCAUACAGGAACAUUGUGCUGCUCCUCCAAAUUGGAUUUGCAUUCCCAAAUCAAGGUUUUUACUUGAAUUCCUUGCGUAUGUUUCCACCCGUUAGGUCCAAUUUUAUUUUCCCCGGUUAGAUCUCAGUUCAGAACCAAUAGAAAAUGGGUCUAUAGGCAGCAUGCAUGGUACUGAAUAUAACAAAUCACUUCCUUAAUCUCUUGCGCUUUAUAUGAAGGUGUUCUACUGUUGCUGUUGUCGUCAUUUGUCCCCGAAAGCAUUCUAUGACUGUACCUUGAUUGUAGAAGCCCUAUUUUAUAAUGAGUUAUUUCAGAAAAAUGUGCUGAUGUACAGUAAUGUAUUGUAUGGAGAAACUUAAAUAAAUGCCAUUUAAAACACA